AUGGCCUCCGAUACCAAGUACGACUCCCGCCUGGAAGAGGGACUGCUGCCUGUCGACGAGAAGAGGGAUUCCACCAUUUCCAGACCGUCCAAGGAACCUACCAAGAAGAUGGCAGGCCCACGCCGUGUCCUGCUCGGCGUUGUUGUGUGCGGCUUGAUGACCCUCAGUCUUGCUUCAGUCAUCGGUCACCGGGGCAUGCCUUGUGCAAGGGACCAUCACACCAAAGCCCAGGUUGUGAUCAGUGAGGAAGACCUCAACAACCCUGCCAAGGCCGAUCUCCUCCACAGACUGCUCCAUGCCUACUUCCCAGACAGGUACCAGGAUGGCGUAUACGCCUCUGACAAGGAAGCUUUGGAGGCUGUCCAGGCUGAUGAUGCCGACCUCGCCUCUGCCUUGCUCCAGCUGGCCAAGCGUCAGGACAACACCACGACCUCUGCUGCUACCGAGGCUUCCCAGACGCCGUCCGCCAGUGUAGCCGCCACAACUUCUGAGUCUGUGGCCAACACGCCGACCUCAGCCCCGGCUACGUCCGCCGCUGAGCCUACCACAUCUGCUGCUCCAGCAGAGACGACUACAUCUCAGGCGCCGGCCGUCCAGACGACCACGACCACGACCCAGCAGCCGCAGGAGACCACCACCCCUCAAACCACCACCACUCCGGCUCAGGAGACGACUACUACGACACCGGCAACUUCAGCAGCAGCCCCUACUACUGGUACGUCACAAACGGAGCAGGCUACUUCUGCUGCUCCUACUACUACUACUACCACUGCCGGGCCGCCGUCCGCCUCUUCUGAGAUUCAGACGACGACUCGUGGGGUCUACGAGUGCGUCCGCGUCGGGUACGUCUACCUCCUCUCCUCCCGAGACUACUACGGCCGUGACAUCCUCGUCCCCCAUAACCUCGAGUGCGCCUUCAUCGUCUGUGUCCGAAUCUGCAACGUCCUCUCUACCUUCACCUCCACCGCCUCCAACGGCGACGUCGUUCUCGUGACGGCUACCUCCGUCGUCGCCGUGGCCCCCGACGCCGAGCCGACUUCCACCUCCGGAAGCGGCGGCGGCGGCGGCGGCCUUCAGAACGGCGCCGUCCCCAUCGGCAGCGUCUCGUUCGGCGUGCCCGUCGCCCUCGCCGGAUUCGUCGCCGGCGCCAUGCUCCUGCUUUAA